AUGGAUAUAAUGAAAUUGUAUCGUGGUCAAGAUUCAUGGAUAUUAUGUUCAAAUAAAAAUAGCCUAUGGUUUAAUAUAACAAGUCAAGCGAUUUAUACGAAACAGCAGCCUGUCGAUGAUUCUAUACUUUCCACGUGGAAUGCAAAAUUUGUCAGUGAUGUUUACUGUUAUAUUGGACAAUUGAAAAUAAUUGAAGAUGGUAUUAAUUGGCUAUUAUUUGUCAAAUCACAAGAGUAUGUUUCAAAAAUUAAACAUCAAGAAAUUUAUCGUAUUACAGAUGUUUUAAUCAAACCAUUUGCUGAUUAUGAUGAAGAUGUUCGGAAUUUGACACGUCCAUCAUCGAAAAUUGAACUUAGAUAUAUUGAGGAUCUUCGUUUGUUGUAUCAAGAAACACAAUGUUUUUACUACAGUCAAACAUACGACUUGACAAAUACCGUUCAACGAAUUCACAAAUAUUCAUCUAUAAUAUCUCCAAAUACAAAAGAGAUGCCAUUAUGGAAAUUAGCAGAUGAUCGGUUUUUUUGGAAUAAACUUAUGUUAAAACAACUCAUUGAUUGCAAAAACAACAGUGAAUUUGAUCCAUGGAUUCAGCCAAUAAUAAUGGGAUAUGUUGAUGAAAGACACUGUAAAGUUGGUCGAGCAGAUCAAGAAGAAAAAACGGACGCACAAAUUAUACUAAUAUCAAGAAGAAAUAGAUUUAGAUCAGGUGUACGAAUGCAUUGUCGUGGAGUUGAUUCUGAUGGAAAUGUGGCCAAUUAUGUUGAAACUGAACAAAUAUUGAAUGUUGAUGAUCAUAUUAUGUCAUUUGUAAUGAUUCGAGGUUCAAUACCCGUUUUUUGGUCACAACAGGGCAUUAAAUAUCGACCACCACCAAAAAUAGAUAAAAGUACGUACAUUUAUUCUAAUUAA